GCCAAGCUGGAGCCUGCAGCGGCGCCAGCGGCGACCCCAUCCAGGAUGGGGCGGGGUAAGAUCCAGAUCAAGCGGAUCGAGAACACCACGAGCCGGCAGGUGACCUUCUGCAAGCGCCGCAACGGCCUUCUCAAGAAGGCCUACGAGCUCUCCGUCCUCUGCGACGCCGACGUCGCCCUCAUCGUCUUCUCCGGCCGCGGCCGCCUCUACGAGUACGCCACCAACAGUGUGAGAGCAACCAUUGAUAGGUACAAGAAGGCAUGCAAUGACACCGGUAGCAUUGGAUUUAUUUCAGAAGCAAAUGCUCAGUACUUUCAACAAGAAGUGUGGAAACUCCAUCAACAGAUCAACAAUUUGCAAAGAACAAACAGGAGUCUGAUGGGUGAAACUCAUGGAUCUAUGAACCUAAGGGACCUGAAGCAACUCGAAACUAAAUUAGAGAAAGGAUUAAACAAAAUACGAUCCAAAAAGAAUGAGUUGUUGUUUGCUGACAUUGAGUACACACAGAGAAAGGAAAUGGAGCUGCAGAGUGACAACAUGUAUUUGAGGAACAAGAUAAACGACAAUGAGCAACCACCAUCGACUAGUGAGUUUGAGACUAUGCCGCCAUACGAUGAUUCGAGGAACUUCCACCACUCUCAAGACUACACUCUUCGCCACAGGAGCUCUACCCUCCAUCUAGGGUUUGUAAAUGGCGAUCCAUGGAAGAGCUUGUUCAUCGAAGACUAA